AUGAAAAGAUGUUCUCCUGUUCUUAACACUGCCAAUGGAGUGGCUGUCGGUGAAGCAACCCUUCCAAUUUGGAGGGAUCACUUCAAGAUCUUGCUGAACCGGCAAGCACCGUCAGCUCCUGAACUCGAGCACGUUCAUAGACCGACAUAUGCGGUUAACAAGGAAUCGCCGCCCGAGUCAGAGGUUCUAGUCUGUAUUCAAAAAAUGAAGAAUAGAAAAUCUGGUGGAGACGACGGAAUUAGCGCAGAAAUGCUUAAAUAUCUUCCUCCGUCUGCGAUUCGUGAGAUGACAAAGAUCAUCCGUUCAAUAUGGAUAGACGAAGGAUACCUGACUUGUGGAGAUGCGCUACCAAUCCCCCUCCACAAGAAGUUAUCCGUCACGGACCCUAGGAAUUAUUGA